AUCUCUACUAUAAAAUUUGAGGUUAUAAUUUUAUUUGUGGCGUUCAAAGCGAGCGGUGUUUGUUUUGAAUUUGUUUUAUGUGAAUUUUUAGAGUAUUAUUGUCGAUAUACAGAUAAGAUGGACGGUGAUUUGUACGACGAGUUUGGUAAUUACAUAGGGCCGGAUCUAGAGUCGGAUUCUGACGAUGAACAAAGUGUUUACGGACAGGAUAACCGGGAUGUCGAUGAGGAAGCGAUGGAAGAGGACGAAGAUGCUGAUGCAGAGCCGGAAGCAGCCCCCAUGUCUGUCGUACUGCAUGAAGAUAAAAGAUACUAUCCCCAAGCAGUGGAAGUAUAUGGACCAGAUGUAGAGACAGUAGUCCAGGAGGAGGACACGCAGGCACUGGACAAACCGCUGGUGGAGCCCAUAAAGCACAAGAAGUUCCAGGUGCAGGAGCAGCAGCUACCAGAGACAAAUUAUGACAUGGAAUACCUGGCCGACAUGCUGGACAAUACUAACUUGAUGAGGAAUGUCACACUGAUGGGACACUUGCAUAAUGGUAAAACAUCAUUUGUGGACUGUCUCAUGAGACAAACGCACCCUGGCACCAUAAACAAUGAGACUACAAUCCCUAUGCGGUAUACGGACACAUUGUUAGUGGAGCAAGAGAGAGGAGUAUCAAUCAAGUCCAUGCCGGUCACUCUACUCUUGAAGGAUGUGAAGGGGAAGUCACAUCUGCUGAACAUAAUGGACACUCCAGGACAUGUCAACUUCAGCGAUGAGGUGACUGCUGCUUUGAGGAUAUCUGAUGGUGCAGUCCUAUUCGUGGGCGCGGCAGAAAGCAUAAUACUAAACACGGAGCGUCUCCUUCGCCACGCGGUUCAGGAGCGUGUCCACCUGACGCUGUGCAUCAACAAGAUCGACCGCCUCAUUCUGGAGCUGAAGCUGCCGCCCGCCGACGCGUACUACAAGCUGCGGCACAUCGUGGAUGAGUUAAACUCCAUGCUGGAGACACAUCAGCCGCAAGAUACGGAUGAGCCGGCUACCGUGUUCUCACCGUUGCUAGGUAACGUGUGCUUCGCGUCUUCUCUCUAUGACGUGUGUUUCACGCUGGAGUCAUUCGCGGCGAUGUACGCGGCUGCCCACCCUGACUCGGGACUGCGCGCGGGCGACAUGGCCGCGUGGCUGUGGGGCGACGUCUACUUCAACGCCAAGACGCGUCGGUUCAGCAGAAAACAGCCGCACGCGUCGGCACAGAGGAGCUUCGUCGAGUUCAUACUGGAGCCGCUUUAUAAGAUAUUUGCUCAGGUGGUGGGUGACGUGGACGACACGCUUCCCGCGGUGCUCUCGGAGCUGGGCAUCAAGCUGACCAAGCAGGAGGCCAAGCUCAACGUCAGACCACUGCUGAGGCUUGUGUGCAGCAGGUUCUUUGGGGAUUUCAGGUAAGGCAACGUAUUUUUGGUUUUCGUGGAGAUGUUGGUGCGUCACGUGCCGUCGCCGCUGGACGGGUCCGGUCGCAAGGUGGCGCACUGCUACCGCGGCGCGAGCGGGCCCGUGCGCGACGACAUGCUCGCCUGCGACCAGUCCGGCCGUCUCGUCGCGCACACCACCAAGAUGUACCCCACCGACGACUGCACAUUCUUCCUUGUGUUAGCGCGCAUAAUGAGCGGCACGUUGUACGCGGGACAGACGGUGCGCGUGCUCGGCGAGAACUACAGCUCGCAGGACGAGGAGGACUCGCGCCUCAUGAACGUGGGCCGCCUGUGGAUAUACGAGGCCAGGUACAAGGUGGAGCUGAACCGCGUGCCGGCCGGAUCCUGGGCGUUGAUCGAGGGCAUCGACCAGCCCAUAGUGAAGACUUGCACGCUGGUCUCCGCCGAGGAGGACUGCGAGCUGCACACGUUCACGCCACUGCGUUUCAACACGCAGGCGGUCGUCAAGAUAGCCGUGGAGCCGGUCAACCCCUCUGAGCUGCCGAAAAUGUUGGACGGGUUAAGAAAGGUGAACAAGUCGUACCCGUUGUUGUCGACGCGCGUGGAGGAGUCCGGCGAGCACGUGAUCCUCGGCACCGGCGAGCUCUACCUCGACUGCGUCAUGCACGACCUCCGGAACAUGUACUCAGAGAUCGACAUCAAAGUUGCCGACCCCGUGGUAUCGUUCUGCGAGACCGUAGUAGAGACGUCAUCGUUGAAAUGCUUCGCGGAGACUCCGAACAAGCGCAAUAAGUUGACGAUGAUCGCGGAGCCGCUGGAGCGAGGACUCGCCGAGGAUAUAGAGGCGGGCGCCGUCUGUGUCACGUGGGACAGGAAGCGGCUCGGCGAGUUCUUCCAGACCAAAUACGAUUGGGACUUGCUAGCGGCGCGUUCGAUAUGGGCGUUCGGGCCGGACUCGACGGGGCCCAACAUUCUAGUCGACGACACGCUGCCCUCAGAGGUCGAUAAACAUUUACUCGCCUCCGUCAAAGACAGCAUUGUACAAGGUUUUCAAUGGGGUACGAGAGAAGGUCCAUUAUGCGAGGAGCCAAUACGAAACGUAAAGUUUAAGAUAUUGGAUGCUGUGAUAGCACAGGAGCCGCUGCACAGAGGAGGCGGACAAAUUAUACCCACCGCGAGAAGAGUAGCAUACUCAGCGUUCCUGAUGGCCACGCCUCGUCUGAUGGAGCCGUACUUGUUCGUGGAGGUGCAGGCGCCCGCUGACUGCGUUUCCGCCGUCUACACAGUGCUAGCCAAGAGGAGAGGUCACGUGACGCAGGACGCGCCCGUGCCCGGCUCCCCGCUGUACACUAUCAAAGCGUUCGUGCCAGCCAUCGACUCGUUUGGCUUCGAGACGGACCUGCGCACACACACGCAAGGCCAGGCGUUCUGCCUGCAGGUGUUCCACCAUUGGCAGAUAGUUCCUGGUGACCCGCUAGACAAGACUAUUGUUAUACGACCCCUGGAGCCGCAGCCGGCCACGCACCUCGCCCGUGAGUUCAUGAUCAAGACGCGCCGGCGCAAGGGUCUCAGCGAAGAUGUCUCCAUCAACAAGUUCUUCGACGAUCCUAUGUUGCUGGAACUUGCCCGCCAAGACGUGCAGUUGAACUAAUGUACCUGGUUUACGAGUUGGUAGACUCGCCAAAUUAUGGUUUAUAGUAUUGAUAUAUGUAAUGUAAUAUAGGCAAUCUCGAUGUACGCCCACGUGACUCAUUCCAAUGCGAUAUGGAUUUUAAUAAAAGGAAUUUUAAUUGAC